AUGUCCCUCCUCUUUGCCGAAAAAGACUACAAAGUCUACUACUACGACAUCAGUGAAUACAAUAUGAAAGCAGCUGAGAAAAUGGUCAAGGACGUCAACGAAGAAACUCGAGUCUUUCGACAACAAAGCUAUCAACAACUCUGCGAAGAGAUCUACUCCGAGAACCACCCACGCAUCAUUAUCUUCAGUAUUCCACACGGAAAUCCCGGCGAUGAAUGUGUCAAGGCUCUACGGCCGUAUAUGACGAAGGGGGAUAUCAUUCUCGAUUGUUCAAACGAGUUCUACGGCAACACGGAACGACGACAAGCGGAUCUUGCAAAAGAUGGCAUGUUUUAUGUCGGAUGUGGCGUCUCAGGCGGUUAUCAGAGCGCACGAGCCGGCCCGUCAAUGUCACCAGGCGGCGACCCCCAAGCCCUCGAGAUCAUCAUGCCCCUUCUCAGGAGAGUCGCAGCAAAAGAUCACGAUGGUAGACCAUGUACCUGCCCAAUUGGUCCAGGCGGUUCAGGCCAUUAUGUCAAGAUGAUUCACAAUGGAAUCGAACAAGGCAUGAUGUCAGUUAUUUCCGAAGUUUGGGACAUCCUCACCAAGGGUCUUCAGCUCAGCUAUGAGGAAGCAGCUGGUGUUUUUGAGCAGUGGAACCAAACAAAAGAAUUGUAUAAUACGUUUCUGAUCUAUAUCGCUGUUGAUAUCAACAGGACCAAGGAUGAGGAGGGACGAUAUGUUCUGGGGAGGGUUCAGGAUAAGGUGGUGCAGGAUGUUGAUAACACUGAAGGGACGGGGACAUGGUCUUGCGAAGAGGCGGUGAGACUUCACGUCCCUGCCGCGAAUAUUGUCAGUGCGCAUUUGUUCAGGUGUACUUCUGCAGAAUUGGAUCAGCGCGCGGCUGAUGCUGAGGCCUCUGGACGUCGGCAGUCCUCAGCGAUGAAAGUCCCUUCGAGAGAUGAGUUUAUCGAAGAUCUCCGAAAGGCGACGUACUUCUGUCUAUUGCUGUGCUUCACGCAGGGUCUGCAGAUCAUUCGUGAAAUGGAUCAGCAGCGCGAAUGGCACAUCAACUACCAAGACCUACUACACGUCUGGAGCGCCGGGUCAAUCAUUCAAGCAGGAGGUAUCAUGGACCUUCUUCACAAAGUCUACAGCAAAUCCCCCAGCAAGAACAACCUCUUAUCUAACAGCCAACUCGAAAAACAACUAACCAGCCUUCUCCCUUCAAUGAAGCGAUGCAUCAUCACAGCGUUGGAGUCCGACAUGGUCAUCCCCGCCAUGAGCCAAAGUCUAGAAUACUACAAGUAUUCAACUUCUGUGGAUCUGCCCACUCAAUUGACAGAAGCAGAACUGGAUUACUUUGGCAAUCACAAGUUCGAUCUGAAGGAGGAACAUAGAGGCGAACCAAGCAAGGGAAAACACCACUUCGAAUGGAAGCCAGCGAAAGGCGAAUCCGACAAGUCGCGGCUUUGAAGAUCUUAGAAUAGCCUUAAACAUCGAGAAAUCUUCCGACGUGGAAUCAGAGUGCCAAGAUCAACAAGUCUAAAGUCUUGAUGAGUUUUGCUAAACUUACGGAAGUCUGUUCAUCACUUAGAAAAGAGGUCCCAAGCUUUCUUACCUCCCCUUCAACAGUCCCCGA